AUGCGGGGGUUUGCUUCAACUCUCCGUCCAAAUCUAGUACACUUCACCAUGCCGCUUUAUGAUGUUGAACAUGUGUGCCCCCUUAGCUUCCCUGACCAAGAAGAGUUAGCAGCUGCCCUGACAAACUUACAUUCGUCAGGGUUCAAUACCCCUAAAACGUUCGUCAAUGUCCGGUUUAUCGAUGCUAGCCACCAGGUAGUCUUCCGCGGCGGGAAACGGCGUAAAUUUAAUCGAAUUAUCAUUCGGACACGCGCUGGAGAAAACCGAACCAAUGAGCUCUACAUCGACCACUGCAAGCUAGUAGUAUGUGAAUGGGAACGGAUUGUUGGUAAAGAUGGCGAAAAAAGUCUUCGGACAGUUUGGGUGAUGGGGGCAUUGACCACGGCACUCGAAGCUGGGAUUGCGCGGCCGAAGACGGGGGAUGAGCCACAGUGGCUGGUGGCCAACAGAUCCAAGUUCGAAAAGUUGGCUGAGCAAGGCGAUGAGGACUUCAUUGACCUGCUUGCAGAGCUGGAUGCAGAGUGA